AUGCCUGCGCAGCCAGAAAAGAGUCAGCUCAAGCGGGGCCGUCCUUCCCAGGGCGAGCAGGCUGAGCCAAAGAGAGUCCGGGGCCAGCGCCAGUUCUCGCCUGGAGACCCGCACCGUCACAUCAAGCAAGGACAGCUGCCUUCGCCCAUAACCCACAAGGAAUCGACCAGCACCGCAGACGAACCCAAGGAAGGCACCGUCACACCGCCCCCACAGAGCCAGGCCAAGUUCUCCCAAGCAAAGAACGGCCUAUCCUCGCCCCCAUCGGACACCAAGCAGUCAGACACACAGGCAUUCACACAAUCACAAUUCGCCAACCGACCCCAAGCACGGUCGUACGCACUCGACGAUGAGGAGGGCGAGCAGGUCUGGGGCUACCUUGUGCCCCUCGACGACCAGUCUGGCGACGUCAUGGUGCUGAGGCGGCGAGAGGCCUGUCCAGUUCCAGAGACUAUGAUAGGGCCAGCGACUGGCACAGAGAAGGUCUCAAAGCACGAAUACCAGAAACAGGAGGAAGACUACGAGAAGGAGAAGGCAGAGAAAGGUGUCACCGCCGGCGGCUAUUUGAUCGGGCGACAUCGCGAGUGUGACCGUCAAUUGAAGUCGAACACCGUCUCCAACCGACACUGCCUCCUCUUCACCGAGAACAAGGGCGGCGACCUGGUUGCUGUCGUCGAGGAUCUUUCUGGCAACGGCACAUUCGUCAACGACUCGCUAGUCGGCCGAAACAAGCGUCGCGAGCUGAAGGAAGGCGACGAGCUCGCAAUCCUGGACGAGGCGCGGUUCGUGUUCAGAUACCCGCUCAAGCGUUCGACACAUCGAUUCCACCAGCGAUACCAGCUCCAAGAACAGCUCGGCAAGGGUCACUUUGCGUCCGUGUACCUGUGUGUUGAAAAGAGCACUGGCAUGCGACAUGCGGUCAAGAAGUUUGAGAAGCGUAGCGGUCCAGGCGAGAAGUCAAAGACCGAGGGGCUACAGCAAGAGAUUGCUGUGCUCAUGGGGAUUAGCCACCCAACUCUCUUAUGUCUUAAGGAUACAUUCGAUGAGGAUGAUGGCGUCUACCUUGUGCUUGAACUUGCGACCGAGGGGGAGUUGUUCAAUUGGAUCGUCAUGAAGCAGAAGUUGACAGAAGCGGAGUCGCGGAAGGUCUUCAUUCAGCUGUUCCAGGCUGUGAAGUAUCUGCACGAACGUAACAUCGUCCAUCGAGAUAUCAAGCCGGAGAACAUUCUUCUCACCGACAAGGAGCUGCACGUCAAGCUCGCUGAUUUCGGUCUGGCCAAAAUCAUCGGCGAGGAGUCUUUCACAACCACACUAUGCGGGACACCAUCGUACGUUGCGCCUGAGAUCUUGGAGAACUCAAACCACCGCCGAUACACACGUGCUGUCGAUGUUUGGUCACUGGGUGUUGUUUUGUACAUCUGCCUGUGUGGCUUCCCGCCAUUCUCUGACGAGCUUUACAGCCCAGAGAAUCCAUACACAUUAUCACAACAGAUCAAGGAGGGUCGUUUCGACUACCCAUCACCGUACUGGGACUCGGUCGGCGACCCGGCACUAGAUCUUAUUGACCGCAUGCUCACUGUCGACGUUGAGUCCCGCAUCACAGUCGAAGAAUGCCUUGAGCACCCGUGGACUACACAAGGUGGCAACAUCAACCCGAACGAUAGUACGGAUGGGCUGACAGGAGCCAUCGCCAACCUCGACUUCUCAAAGAGGAAGAUCAAGCGCGAGCGAACCUUACUCAGCAGCAUCAACGAGAUCAAGGUCGCACGUGUGAUCCCAACAGGAGAAGGACAGGAGCCUUUGAAGGUGUACGAGAAGAACGGUACGCAGAGGGGCGGCUCGAAAAUGCUGAAAGAGAAGGACGUGAUAGAGGAACGGCCAGCAGACAAGCGGGACCCUCGAGAGUUCGUCGAGAUGGGGGGCAAGGGCGACCAGACGCUGUUCGAUGAUGUUUGA